AUGGCUGACUCAAAUGAAAUAAAUAGCCAUCCAGUGGAGCAAAAUGGGAACGGCCAGAUUACGUUAACGGGUGCUGAAUUAAAAGCGAUCAUAGACGGCGCUGUUACGCAGGCUUUGGAAAGGCAAUAUGAGGAAUACAGUGGUACUCGAAGUAGGACCCACUCUGCACCACAUUCAAAGCCCAAGACACAUUCUGAGGCUCAUAGCAAGCCUCCUCCCAAAAAGAAUGGACCCAAGAAAGAUGGUGAUGACCGUCAGUCCACCAACCAUCAAAGUGUCCCAUCUCAACAAUUAGUACUGCAUCAAGAACCCCACACCAUGCCAUCAUCUUCAGACACAGGAGUAUUAGACACAGUGGACCCCAUGGCGGUUGUGUCAGACGAUGAGAUACCAUCAGAGGGAGACGUAUACAUGUCAGAUACGACGAGCACGGACGACGAUGAUUUUCAGCCGUUCGCUCUGCCAGACAUCGGAGUUGAGAUACAGCCUGCUGAUGGCAUUCCUGCUGGGGAUCUCCCUCUUGCGGUGAUCCCUGCUCCCAUUCCGCUUGCUGCUUUCCCUGUGGUGAAUGUGCCACUCAAUGUCGUAUCUGAUGACGACAUUAAUCUGUUCGAGGAGGGUCCCCCUGAGGACGACUAUGAGGGUGGGGCUCCGAUUGAUGCCGAUGUUUUCCUUCCUAUUGCCGAGGCCCCUGUAAAGGAGGUUCCUCUUGGUUCACCUGUCCCAGACUCGUUGGAGUCUGUGGUAUCCGCGUCCCUGCACGACCAGGGUGUGCAGCAUCACUCUCCUGACGCCGACCCCGACGUGGCGAUGUCAGCUGCACCUGGUCCGUCACACGAGUUUGAGUUUGACCAUGAGGUCGAUGAUGAUUUUGAUCUAGUUUUUCCUCUUGACUUCGAUCCUGAUCAUGAGAUCGAGUUUAUUCAUAUGGACCAGCCCUUAGAGGCGCCAGUGGCUCCCAUUGAUCCGUUGUUUGACAUUCCUGCCGAUUUUGAUAUGGACCUUGUUGACCCUGAGCCUGUCGUGGCCCCCGAGCCCGUUGUUGCUCCUGAUCCUGCACCCGAGCCCGACCCUGUUCUUGAUGAUGCACCAACUCUUGCACCACCCAUUGCUGACCUUCCCAUUGUUGCACCACCAUUGGUGGAUGAUCCUAUUGUUGAUGCACCUUUACCUGAUCUCGUGCCGGUAUUGGUUGACCGUGCACCUUUUGCCGCUCACAUAGAUCCUCGUUAUGCUGAUACCCAUAACAGGUGGAUCGAGGAUGAUGAUGAUUACCCACCGUUUGUGCUACCUGUCACUCCUCCAGGAGCACCCGUUUCUGCACCCACUAAUAUUCCAUUGUUUCACCCACACACCACUGACGUCCAUCGCACUGAUCUCCCCAUCACAUUCCUCCAGGACAUACCGCCACCUCGUCCUAGAGAGGGUUCAUCGAGGCAACCACCUGUUUCUGUUCCACCUGUACCGUCAUCAUUUCCAUUCAUGUCCCAGUUCCCCCAUACUGCACCAUCAUUCAUACCAUCAGGCGACCCAUUUUUGUGGACUACGCCCCAUGUUAUGCCAUUAUCCGAUCCGUACCACCCGUAUCAUGUGGGGUACACUACGGAGGAUAUACUUGCGUCGCUGCAGCUACAGCAGGACGCCCUGAGCCGUCGUAUUCAGGAGUUGGAGAGAGCUCCACGUCCGCCUUGUCACUGUCAGACCCCCUUUGUAGCACCGCACACUCCACGUCCGUUUUCCCAUGAUUCAGACGUUCGUUUCUUGACAUCUGAGCAGCAGAUUGCAUAUUUGUUGCGUGUCUGUCGUGUACAUAAGGAGGACUGGUUGCACAUGUGUCGCUUGCUUUUCUCUCAUUUUCCUCUUCCUCCUCCGCCAUCAUCAUAG